AUGGGUGCCAAAGAGAAUGGCGAAGUGAGAGAUGAGAAGGGAGUUAGAUCAGAUUAUGAACCAUCUAGAGUUUCUGUUUCCUCGCAAGGUGAGGCUCAUGGUAAUGAAGACAAUAGAGCGAAAAGAGGUUCGGUAGUUCCAAAGAAGCUCUUGAAAAAAGACACCAAAGAAAAUAGCCCUCGCAUGGCCAAAAGCAGCACAAGUCGUCAAGUUCAAAACAAGGUGCAACAGAAAGCACCAAACAACACUCAGAACAGAUCACCAAAACCUAGGAAAGCAGCAGUUAAUGGUGCUAGAGCAAUUGAAGUUAGAAGACCAGAUAUUGUAAAAAUCCCUUCUCGCCCUCCAUCAGAACUGUCCGAGGAGGCAGAUGAUAUAGCUAGUGAAGCGGGAACCAUUGAUGAUAGAGGCAAUGAAGAGGCCAAAGAGAUCGAUGUGUUAGACGAAGCUCCACAUUGCGAUCAGAGUACUGGUACUGAUGAUGAAAUUGCUGAUAUUGAAGAAAAGAUUGUUGAUGAUGACAAAGCAGUUUUACAUCGGAGAAAUGAGGAACUACAGUCAAAACUUGAGAAGAUGGAGCAGGAACUUCGUGAAGUUGCUGCACUCGAAGUUUCUCUUUACUCUGUAUUGCCUGAGCAUGGAAGUUCAGCACAUAAGUUGCAUACCCCAGCUCGGCGUCUUUCUAGGCUGUACACUCAUGCAUCCAAGUUUUGGUCCCCGGAUAGGAGAGCUUCAGCAGCAAAAAAUACUGUUUCUGGUCUUGUUCUCGUUGUGAAAUCCUGUAGUAAUGAUGCUUCAAGGUUAACAUACUGGCUGUCCAAUACAGUUGUUCUCAGAGAGAUAAUUUCAAAAUCUUUUGGCAUCUCACGUCAAUCAACUCCAACCAUGACGACAAAAAACUUAAAUGGCAGUGCACACUGGUUUGAUGGAAAAUCCACGCCCAGAUCCAUGCCAGUGCCAUGGAAAAACAACUCCAACGGCAAGCAAACUGAACUUGCUAUAAUACAGACAGCAGAUAAUUGGCAGGAAACUAGCACACUUUUAGCCGCAUUAGAGAGGAUCGAAUCUUGGAUAUUUUCUCGGAUUGUCGAGACAGUUUGGUGGCAGGCAUUAACUCCUCACAUGCAAACCCCAACAGAAGGUUCGUCAACCCCAAAGGCUCGGAAAGUGUUAGGCCCUUCUUUGGGUGAUCAGCAGCAAGGCACCUUUUCUGUUAACUUGUGGAAGGCUGCAUUUCACGAUGCAUACAGCAGACUCUGCCCUCUUCGUGCUGGUGGGCAUGAGUGUGGCUGUUUGCCAGUAUUGGCCAAACUGGUGAUGGAGCAAUGUGUAGCCCGUUUAGAUGUUGCAAUGUUUAAUGCCAUUCUUCGUGAAUCAGCUAGUGAGAUACCAACUGAUCCAAUAUCUGACCCAAUCGUUGACCCAAAAGUCCUCCCGAUCCCAGCUGGUGAGCUAAGCUUUGGGUCAGGAGCGCAGCUGAAAAAUUCUAUUGGAAAUUGGUCGAGAUGGUUGACGGAUAACUUGGGCAUUGACGCUGAUGACCCUGAGGAUGAAGGUUUCGACAUAGGAAAUGGGAAUGAUGAAAGAAUUGGUGCAGCUGAAGCAAAGUCUUUUAAGCUGCUUAAUGAACUGAGUGAUCUCCUGAUGACCCCGAAGGACAUGCUUAUUGAAAAAUCCAUCAGGAAAGAGAUCUGCCCUUCGGUCGGGCUUCCACUUGUAACAAGAAUCCUGUGCAACUUCACCCCUGACGAGUUCUGCCCCGAUCCUGUCCCUAGCAUAGUCUUAGAGGAGCUGAAUUCCGAGAGCUUGCUGGAGCGUCACACCGCGAAACACGCGAUCAGCGCAUUCCCGUGCAUCGCUGCUCCUAUCGCGUACCGCACUCCUUCCCAACUGGAUGUGGAGGAGAAAGUGUCGGUCGCCGGAGGCAGCGCCAAGCUGGACAGGAGAGCCUCGAUGGUCCAGAGGAGAGGGUACACCAGCGACGACGAUCUAGAUGACCUGGACUCCCCCCUCGCGUCCCUGUUCGACAAGAGCGCUCCACCUUCGCCGUCAAACGGCGCCGCGCCUUUCACUGCUCAGCAGAGAGGAGCUUCCAUGGAGAACGCGAGGUUCGAGCUCCUGAGAGAGGUGUGGUCGGAGCGGCGCGGCAGUGAUCCGGUGAACUUGUGA